AUGAUGAAAAGUUGGUUGAAAAAGAAUCUCAGUAUUUCUUACCGCAAGAAGUCCGAGCCGUAUCAUAGUGAGAGUCAACUCGACCAGUCUGUGGUCCCUGUACCAGUCCCAAUCGCCGCAGCCACGCCGCCCGAUGCAGUCAGCACUCAGGACACUUCCCUUGCUGAACCAGAAAAGGGGGAAAGUGUCUCCCAGGCCAGACACAUUAUUGAUGAAGUUAUUCAAAUAACCGAGAAACAAUACAAAAAAUACCAGCAAGGGGGCAUUAAAAUCCAUCGGUCAACGGGAGAAAACAUAGAUAUUCGAAAGGUAUCACAGAAAAUUCUUAAUGCUGCAUUAUCGUUCAAAGAUGUUGUUACUGCUGUAGUAGCCUUUGAUCCUACCCACUAUGCAGCAAGUGCGUGGGCAGUCGUUUCCCUUGGAUUAACAAUAGCGCAAAAUCGACUUGACUUACGAGACGCCUUAUUUGAAUCUUCAGAAUACCUUGCAGACACUAUUACUCGAUGCGCCUAUAUUGAGCAGAGGUUUUACCGCAAUAGCCCCAAGAAAAAGAUUGAGAUAGGCCGUGCGACAAUCAGGGUUUAUAUGGCUAUUCUUCGAUAUGCUGCAGAGCUUUUGGCUACCCAACAACCCAGCAUCGGAAAAAGAGUAUUGAUAAGUGUUAUACCGAUAACCGAUCAACGCCUUACCGAACUUCGAUCGUCUAUUGAGGAAGAAUGGCAGAAGCUAUGCCAGUGGGUCCAUUUUGACGCAUUAGAUACCCUUUUGCAAAAUGGGAAAGAAGCAGAGUCCCGGCUAGCUAGAAUCGAUGAGAAAGUAUCAGAACAUUUACAAGCUCUUAUCAAGAGGUUUAGUCUUCCUAUCGCGAAAGGAGCAUCAUACGACUCAUAUGAGAAUCAGCAUGAAGAGAAAUGCCUACCGGGCACCAGACGUGAUCUUCUUUGCCAGAUUAUAGACUGGGCCGAAACAUCCGACAAAUGCAUAUUUUGGUUAAAUGGUAUGGCAGGAACUGGCAAGUCUACCAUCUCCCGGACGGUCGCAGAGUUACUUAAAGAUAAGGGGUUACUGGGAGCCAGUUUUUUCUUCAAGAAAGGCGAAGCGGACCGUGGUAACGCAAGGAGAUUUAUCUCGACAAUAGCCAGGCAAUUGAUGGCUAGUCACCGGCAAUUAGCCCCUGGCAUAUUAAGAGCAAUUCGGGAUGAUGCAGAUCUGUCGACAAAAGCUCUCGAUCAGCAAUUUGAGAAGCUCCUUCUUCAACCACUGAGCGAGAGAGAGCAGUAUGAAACUACUUCUGUAAUUGUGAUAGACGCAUUGGACGAGUGCGAUGACGACGACAUUGAAAUCUUACUUAGACUUUUACCGCAGCUGCAGAAAUCCAAGUCCAUUCGCCUGCGGAUAUUCCUGACAAGCCGGCCUGAGCUUUCAAUACGCGAUGGCUUCGAACAAAACCAGAAUUAUCAAGAUAUCGUUCUCCAAGAAGUGCCCAGUAUUGAACAUGACAUCCGCGUCUUUUUCCAAUAUCGACUUUCCCAUAUUAAGGAAAAGCGAAAAAUCCCUGGAGAUUGGCCUGGAAAUGAGAGGACGAAGACAUUGGUCAAAAUGGCAGUCCCUCUUUUUAUCUUCGCAUCCACAAUUUGCCGUUUCAUCGAAGAGAAAUAUCACGUUCCGGAGCAUCAACUUGAUAUAAUCCUCGAAAGCCCUGAUAUGACAGCAUCGUCUCAAAUGGAGAAGAUAUACCUGCCAAUAUUAAAGCAUCGUGUUAAAAGUUCUCCAGUCCUCAAGAACGAGUUCCAAAAGAUAGUUGGAGCCAUUAUUCUUCUUGCUGACCCACUAGAUUCUUGUACACCAGUCCGCAUUCUGCAUCUAUCAUUUCGCGAAUUCCUCAUCAAUACAAAGGAGGAAGGCUUGCGUGUCAAUGAAAAAGAGACCCACGAAAAAUUACUACAAAAUUGUCUGUACGUCAUGAAAAAUCCCAGGCGGGAAGACGUUGACAGCCAUGCGAUUUCUCAGUAUAUUUCACAAGUUCUGCAAUACUCUUGCCGCUACUGGGCGAAUCACUUCAGCAAGAGUAAAUCUGAUGCGUCCAAGAUCGAAGUAUUCUCAUUUCUGAAAGAACAUUUCCUCCAUUGGUUGGAGGCUAUGAGCUUAAUGGGACUUGCUUCAGAGACUGUUGGUAUAGUUAAUGCACUACAGUCAAGGCUAAGAGAUGAUAUGAGUACAGAAUUAGAAGGCUUCCUAAAGGAUGCUAACCGAUUUGUCUUAAAUUACAUCCAAAUGAUCGACAAUACCCCACUUCAAGUAUAUUGCUCCGGACUCGCGUUCUCUCCUACAGACAGUAUUAUUAGAAGAAUCUUCAACAAUCAACGACCUAAUUGGAUGCCUGCCUUGCCGCAAGUGCAAAAGUCAUGGAGCGCCCAGUUGCAAACCCUGGAGGGCCAUUCUAAUUCGGUUAGGUCAGUGGCCUUCUCGCUGGACGGCCAGAGGAUCGUGUCUGGAUCCGACGACAAGACUAUCAAGCUCUGGGAUGCCCAGACCGGCUCGGAGCUGCGAACCCUGGAGGGCCAUUCCGAUUGGGUUAGCUUAGUGGCCUUCUCGCCGGACGGCCAGAGGAUCGUCUCUGGAUCCGACGACAAGACCAUUAAGCUUUGGGAUGCCCAGAUCGGCUCGGAGCUACGAACCCUGGAGGGCCAUUCUGAUUCGGUUUGGUCAGUGGCCUUCUCGCUGGACGGCCAGAGGAUCGUGUCUGGAUCCUGUGACAAGACCAUCAAGCUCUGGGAUGCCCAGACCGGCUCGGAGCUACGAACCCUGGAGGGCCAUUCCGCUUGGGUUAGCUCAGUGGCCUUCUCGCCGGACGGCCAGAGGAUCGUGUCUGGAUCUAGUGAAAAGACGAUCAAGAUCUGGGAUGCCCAGACCGGCUCGGAGCUGCGAAACCUGGAGGGACAUUCUAAUUCGGUUUGGUCAGUGGCCUUCUUGCCGGACGGCCAGAGGAUCGUGUCUGGAUCCGACGACAAGACCAUCAAGCUCUGGGAUGUCCAGACCGGCUCGGAGCUGCGAACCCUGGAAGGCCAUUCCGUUUCGAUUUCAAAUGUCUCAUCAGGUAAUACCCAGAUGGAGCACGAACAAGGCUCCCGGAUAUCAGUUGAAGAUUCUUGGAGCGAUGCGCGUACCAAGUCGUUGACUUGGUAUUCUGGUCUUUUUAGUAGCUCAGUCGGUAACCGUCCUACAGACCUACUAGACGGUCUUGGCGGGUAG